AUACUCCGUUUUGACCUCUGCGGUCUACAUCGGCCCAUAGGCCCAAGCAGUCCCCUCCUCUUCCCUCAUCGACGAAAGGGCACACGGAGGGAACCGCGGAGUUGCCGUGAGGAGGAAACCGGCGAAGUCGAAGUAUCGGUGUCUGCAAGCGGCGGUUGCCGUGCUUCGAAAUGGACGAGAAGACGCAGAAGAAGGUGGAGGCGACGGUGCUGGAGAUUCUCCGGGGCUCGGACAGAGAGUCCUCUACGGAGUACAAGGUACGGAGCGCCGCCACCGACCGGCUCGGCAUCGACCUCUCCCUCCCUGACCGCAAGCUCUUCGUACGACGCAUCGUGGAUGGCUACCUCCGAUCUCUUGUCGAGGAAGACGAGCAGAAGCAGCAGGCGGGCUCCGACGAGGAGGGGGACAAGAAACCGCAGGAGGAGGAGAAGGAGGUUGUAGAGAAAGAGGAGGAGGAGGACGAGAAGGAGGGAGGUGCGGGGAACAAGGAGUUCGACGACAAUGGAGAUCUCAUCCUCUGCCGCCUGUCGACACAUAGGAGGGUAACGCUCCAGGAGUUCCGGGGCAUGACGCUGGUGUCGAUCCGCGAGUACUACUUAAAGGACGGCAAGGAGAUGCCCACCUCCAAAGGGAUAAGUAUGACAGUUGAGCAGUGGGAAACAUUUCGUAAUUCUGUACCUGCAAUAGAAGAUGCCAUUAAAAACCUUGGAGAAUCAGAGUGAAAACAUGUUUCAGAAGCGUUUCCCCCUGUAUCGAAACUCCAUGGAGCUACUAGAGUUCCCGUAGACUUCUGUACGAACUUCUCCCUUCAUCGAGCUGCCUGCUCUGUGCUAUCUGCCGGGCACAGUUUGGGAGUAUUUGCCAACUAAUUAUGCUCUAGUAUGGUGGACCAAAAUUUCAUCAGGCUACUAUAUGAUCUGAUGCUGUUUAGUACUUUAGUUGUCAUUCGUAAUAUCCUACUGAUAUCAUGGAUCCUUAAGGUUAUCAUGGUAACAUGUUCUGUGUGCACGCUCUCGUGUGGGUGCUUGUGCCAGUCUUCCUAUUGA